AUGGGGUCUGGCGGUGCAGGUGCCAAGCCACACCUGUUGCUGCUGCUGCUGCUGCUGCUACACCUGUCAAGCGUUAUUGCCUCUUCUGCUGAACCAGAGGCGGUGAAGGUGAAGGUGUUGGUGUUCUACGAGAGUCUCUGUCCAGACAGUCGACGUUUUAUCUUGAACCAGCUCUACCCAGCGUGGCCAGACCUCAAGAACAUCACGGAACUGGACAUCUACUCCUAUGGAAAGGCAGUGGAAUAUGGUGAGGGUGCUGACUACAACCACAAGUGCCAGCAUGGCUACAGGGAGUGCCAGGCCAACACCAUGCUAACAUGUGCCAAGAAGUACAUCAACGAUAGUGACCAAUUUCUCGACUUCGCAAGAUGCGUCAUGUAUAGGUUCUCGGGGAUUGACUCCGGGCCUGUGUGUGCCAAUGAGACGUGUGUGGAGUGGAGUGGUAUAGAGAAGUGUUACUCGGGGCAAGAGGGUCACCUUCUGCAACACCAGGUGGGCCUCCUGCAGGCUACUCUACAACCCAGGCUUGACUACGUCCCUUGGAUUCUCAUCAACAAUAAAUUCACAAGAGAGCAACUGACUGCUGCCCAGGAAGAUCUGCGAACAGCGGUAUGUGAAGCCUACCAGGGGACCAAACCCAGCAGCUGCCAAACUUAAUAUUAUAUAAUAAUAAUAAUAAUGUUUAUUCAGGUAAAAGUACAUAUAUUCAAAAUGAGUUACAAAGAUUGUUGAAAGCUACCUUCCUUAAACACUGAAAUUUUGCUUUUUUUCCUUUGUUUACUCAUGUUAUUUAUUAUGUUUGGCAAUGAUACAUUACUUUUCUGCGGAUUUUAAUUUAUGUUGUUAAAAAGAUUCGCUACCUGGAACAAAAUGUUCCAUGUAACUCGGGCUAUAGUAAGCCUGCAAUGCCUUUAUUUUUUUAAGUUUAUUAUCUGUUACAAUUUAUAUAUACUUUUAUAAAGCGUUUUGAUAACACUGUUAUAAUACUAUGUUAUAAUCUUGUUUUUUGUGAAAUUUGAAUUAUGCUGAUGGCAAUAUUACACUUUAUUUAAAUUUUUUAUGAUUAAUUAAUACAAUAAUCAGUAAAAAUUAUUAUUUGCAUCAAGAAGUAUGAACCUAAAUAAGCAAAGCAGAAGAAGUUGGUAGGGGGAGGUAUGAGCGCAUGAAGGAUUGUUAUAAGCACUAAGAAAACAAAUGAAACUCAUAAAAUACGGGCUCACCUUAGCCCGUGCUACUUGGAACUUUUUGUUUCAGGUAGCAAAUCUUUAACAACAACAACAAAUGAGACUCCAUUCAAUCACUCGUUAUCCUGUUGAUUGGGUGCAUAAUAAAGAAAGAAAUUGAAUUGAUUCUACAACUUUAUCAACGUAAUGAUAGAAAUACCUUACUUAAUUUAUUGUCAUUUAAAAUAAAAUAUUUGAAGCAAAAA